AUGGGACUGGUGAGCAGCAAAAAGCAGGUCAAGGAGAAGGGCAAGGAUGGAUGGAGCCCCUUGAAAGUCAACGCCCAGGGAAAGACGCCCCCACCGCUGCCUCCCCUGGUCGUGUUCAACCACCUCGCUCCUCCACCCCCAGACGAACACCUGGAUGAAGAUGAGCACUUCGUGGUGGCCCUGUACGACUACGCCGCUACGAACGACCGGGACCUGCAGAUGCUGCAGGGGGAGAAGCUGCAGGUCCUGAAGGGAACCGGAGACUGGUGGUUGGCCAAGUCGCUGGUCACGGGACGAGAAGGCUACGUGCCCAGCAACUUCGUGGCCCGCGUGGAGAGCCUGGAGGUGGAAAAGUGGUUCUUUAGAUCUAUUAGCCGGAAGGAGACGGAGAGGCAGCUUCUGGCCCCGAUCAACAAGGCGGGCUCCUUUCUCAUCAGAGAGAGCGAAACCAACAAAGGGGCCUUCUCCCUGUCUGUGAAGGACGUCACCGCCCAGGGGGAAAUAGUCAAGCACUAUAAGAUCCGCUCGCUGGAGGAAGGGGGCUACUACAUCUCCCCCCGGAUCACCUUCCCCUCGCUCCAGGCCCUGGUGCAGCACUACUCCAAGAAAGGGGAUGGUUUGUGCCAGAGGCUGACCCUGCCCUGCGUGAGCCUGGCUCCUCAAAACCCCUGGGCCCAGGACGAGUGGGAGAUCCCCCGGCAGUCUCUCAGGCUGGUCAGGAAACUCGGAUCCGGGCAGUUUGGCGAAGUCUGGAUGGGCUAUUACAGAAACAAUGUGAAGGUGGCCAUCAAGACCUUGAAGGAGGGAACGAUGUCUCCGGAAGCCUUCCUGGGCGAGGCCAACCUGAUGAAGACUCUGCAGCACGAGAGGCUGGUCCGGCUCUACGCCGUGGUCACCAAGGAGCCCAUCUACAUUGUCACCGAGUACAUGGCCAGAGGGUGCCUGCUGGACUUCCUGAAGACAGACGAAGGUGGCAGACUGUCCCUCCCAAGACUGAUCGACAUGUCCGCCCAGAUCGCCGAAGGGAUGGCGUACAUCGAGCACAUGAAUUCCAUCCACCGCGACCUGCGGGCGGCCAACAUCCUGGUGUCUGAGACCUUGUGUUGCAAAAUCGCUGACUUCGGUUUGGCCCGGAUCAUCGACAGUGAAUACACUGCCCAGGAGGGGGCCAAGUUCCCCAUCAAGUGGACCGCCCCAGAGGCCAUCCACUUCGGGGUGUUCACCAUCAAAGCGGACGUGUGGUCGUUCGGGGUCCUUCUGAUGGAAAUCGUCACCUACGGGCGGGUGCCGUACCCAGGAAUGAGCAACCCCGAGGUCAUCCGCUGCCUGGAGCGCGGCUACCGCAUGCCGCGCCCCGACACGUGCCCUCCCGAGCUGUACCGCGGCGUCAUCGCCGAGUGCUGGCGCAGCCGGCCCGAGGAGCGGCCCACCUUCGAGUUCCUGCAGUCGGUGCUCGAGGACUUCUACACGGCCACGGAGCAGCAGUACGAGCUGCAGCCCUAG